CACAAUUGAUGUGUUAAAAACUGUGAAUAUGACAACAUGGCCACAAAUUGUAAAUUCCAUACACCAAAAUGAUAUAAAUAAUGCAAAAGGAAUGGUAAGUGCAUUAUCAACAAUAGAGGGAAUUCCAUCAAUAUCUUUUGAAGACACUGCUCCUCGACUUGAAAAAAAAGGGAUAAAGUUCAUCGCUAAAUAUUUAUGGAAUGCUUUAAUACAAUUACAAACCUAA